UUGUGGGCAUGAGAGCGUUUAGCAACAUUCGGCCCCAGAGAUUACUACCACGUGGUUCAUUACCUCAUACAGUACAGGAUAGAGUAGAUGCACAUGUGGAGAACGGCCCAGCAGAUAGUCUUGCAUCUAUGCCAGCACAUGAUCCUACACCACAUGUCGUGGCACAUGAUGACCUGCCUGCAAGGUCUCGUGGGUGUAGGUAA